UUUUUACAGGAGAAGGCUCGGGCAGAGUUUGAUGGGGUGGACGAGGAGUUCAUAUCAACAGGGGAGAAGUUGUUUGGGCCAUACGUGUGGGAGAGAUACGACAUCCUCAUCAUGCCUCCAUCAUUCCCGUAUGGGGGGAUGGAGAACCCCUGUCUCACCUUCGUUACACCCUGCCUGCUGGUUGGGGACAAGUCCCUUACAGACGUCGUCAUCCAUGAAAUUUCUCACAGCUGGUUUGGAAACCUGGUCACUAAUGCCACAUGGGGGGACUUCUGGCUCAACGAGGGUUUCACAAUGUUUGCACAGCGGCGCAUCAUGGAAGAGAUACUGGGACGCCCGUACACCUGUCUGGAGGCAGGCACCGGCCUGGCCCUGCUCCGUCUACACAUGGACCACACAGGAGAGGACCAUCCCUUCAACAAGUUGAAGGUAGUUAUCGAGCCUGGUGUUGACCCCGAUGACACAUACAACGAGACGCCGUACGAGAAAGGCUACUGUUUUGUCAGCUACAUAAAUGUGCGGGCCACUAGUGUGGUGGCAUCUGACACACUGGAGUAUUUCCUGCAGUAUUUCCCUGAUCUCAAGGAACAGAAAGCAGACCAACGGGAAGGUUUGGAGUUUGACCGAUGGCUCAACACCCCCGGCUGGCCGCCGUAUGUCCCUGAUCUCUCAGCAGGCAAAGAGCUGACCGAGCCAGCAGAACAACUGGCUGAUGCCCUGGCAGGGGAGACAACUGAGGUACAGCACGAUAUCACCUUCCCAAGAUCAUGUUCAUUUCCAUGUUUACUGUGUUUCCUCCAGGAGAGUUUCCUUGACAUCAGUUCCUGGAAGAGCUACCAGUUGCUCCACUUCCUCAAGAAGCUGCUGGAGAAGUCUGCACUGAAGGCCGAGACUCUGGCGGCCAUAGCCGAGAAGUACCCUCACCUGGCAAGGUCACACAACGCAGAGAUCUGUUUGAGAUGGGCUCAAAUCUGCAUCAAGAAUGACUACCAGCCAGCCUUCCCAGACAUCAAGGACUUCCUGCAUUUGUUCCCGAGUUUAUGUGAGGAGUUUUUUGUUAGGGGGUUUGGUUGUAACAGAAUUCUAUAUUCAUGGACACUUCGGACUGUUCCAGGCAAACAGAAGUACACACUACCCAUCUACAAGGCCCUGAUGAAGGGGUCGGACGCAGCUAAGACAUUUGCCUCCACUGUCUACGGGGAAACCAAAGAUCAGUUGCAUGUGCAAGUCUCCAACUACGUGGCUAAAGAAAUAGGGCUGAAGAAAUAACGUCACACCUGCUGCUGGUGUCACACACAGACCGAAGGAAGGACACAGUCAACAUUCUUCAGUCAUUCAGUGAGAUUGUU